CACACACACACACACUCAGAGCUGUGGAGAGAAAGACGAGAAGUGGAGGCAGACGGAGGGAGAGAAGGAGGAGGAGAGUUUGAUGUCAGAAUGAGUCGGCAACAGAGACAGACAGACAUAUAGACAGACAUAUAGACAGGUCAGUGUCAGUCAGUGAGUGGGUGUGAGGUGUGUGUGGAGCAGGAGACACAAGACAAGGAGGAGAAACAUGAGUCGGCAGCAGCAGCAGUCCCAGGGAGUGGUUUUAACGGGUUACCACAGCAACGCGGAACUGUUACCGAAAACUGGGCCGUGUGUCCCGAGCAGCUGUCCGUCAGCCCAGGACCCCGAGCCCAACCUGCCCAGCCGCAGGACAGGUCACUACACUGUGCAACAGAACCAGAGCUCACAUCAUGGAGACAGGCCUGGGCCCUCCGCUACCACCAGCGGUACAAAAACCACCAGCACUGACCCACCGUCACUACUCAACCCAAGCGUGUCUGCUUGCCCCAGGUCUGAGGUCCCCUCCAGCCCAAAGACAGGCUGCAGCCCCAAACACAGUCCAAACUCCAGGUCCAGACAGCGGCCACCAUGUCAGCGCUGCAACUCUCAGGACUCUCUGGACGAGCUGGAGAUGGACGACUAUUGGAAGGAGGUGGAGAAUAUCACUCGCUCAGGAGAAGGAGCAGGGAGGGGAGAGGGUGGAGGAGAAGGGGAAGUGCAAGAGGAGGAGCAGCCGAAAAUUCCUGAGGAGGGUGAGCAGGAGGAGGCGUGGCUCACAGAGGCGGGACUAGCACGGCUGUUUGAUGAUUCACUAGCAGCUGACCAGGAUCAGGAAGAAGACAGCGCUGUGUUCCUGUCCACGCUGACCAGAUCUCAGGCGGCAGCGGUAGAAAGACGCGUGGCAUCACUACAGCAGACGUUGCUGCGGCGACGCAACAGGCAACACGUUCCUGAUGUUCGGGAUAUAUUCAGACCCCCUGAAAAGGAUGAAGAGCCGAGUAAACUCAAAGGGGGAAGUGAGAACGGACAAAAAGAUGUCACUUCAGCUGAAACAGAGACAGAACUGAAUGUGGAAGUGGCCUUUUCAGAGCAGGCGCUCACCUACAGGGACAACCACCAGAAGUUAAAGGUCACCACAAGCACCAACUCACCUGAUGACAAACUACCGAACUUCAAGCUGCUCCGAGAUAAAACAGGUCAGACCAGAAUAGGAGAUCUGUCUCCUCUGGACAUGAAAAAGGUUCGAAGACUGGUGCUGGUGGAGUCGACGGCUCUGUUUGACACUGCUGGGAUAGACCUGAAGCCGCACAAAGCUGUCAAAGUUAAGACUAAAGAAAGUGGUCUGUUUGGUGUUCCUCUUGCCACUCUAUUGGAACAGGACCAGAGGCGAGCUCCUGGGACCAAAGUGCCAUUCAUACUGCAGAGGAUUAUUAAUCAUAUUGAGGACGAGGGAUUAGACACAGAAGGGCUGCUACGGAUCCCUGGAGCGGCCACCAGAGUAAAGUCACUGUGUCAGGAGCUCGAGUCCUCUUUCUAUGACGGGGUGUUCCCAUGGCAACAGUUGAAGCAGCACGAUGCUGCUAGCCUUUUGAAGCUGUUCAUCAGGGAGUUACCACAUCCUCUGCUGACUGUGGAGUACCUCAACGCAUUUAUCGCCGUCAACAAGCUGCCCACUAAGAAGCAGCAGUUGCAGGCUCUGAACCUGCUGGUCCUUUUGUUACCUGCGGCCAAUCGGGAUACUUUGAAGGCACUGGUGGAGUUUUUCCAGCGUGUGAUCGACCACCAGGCCAAGAAUAAAAUGACUCUCAACAAUGUCUCCGUUGUCAUGGCACCCAAUAUUUUCAUGUUCAAAGGCUUCCGCUCCAAGGUUACAGAACAGCAGGAGUUCUCCAUGGCAACCAGCACAGCCAACAUCGUCCGGCUGCUCAUUAGAUACCAGAAUCUUCUCUGGACAAUCCCCAAGUUCAUCAUGACACAGGUCAGACAACAAAACAUGGAAAGUCAACGGAAACAAAAUAAAGAGCGAGCUGUCAGAAAGCUGCUGAAGAAGAUUACCACCGACAAACCAUCUGAUAAAGCCGUCCCCGAGGAGAGUUCACAGGGAUUUAUUCGAGUUCAGGCUCCACAGUUCAGUAAAGUGUCCAUGGCCGUUCAGCUGACUGAGGAGCUGCAGGCUGCUGAUGUAUUAACACGUUUCCUCAGCCAGGACAGUUCAGUGGCAGUGAAACGAGAAGAUCUCUGUCUCUAUGAGAUUGGUGGAAACAUCAAGGAGAGGUGUCUAGAUGGGGAAACGUACAUGAAAGACCUCUUCCAGCUGAACCCCGCAGCAGAAUGGGUCAUCAAAGCUGUGCAGCGAUAAGCUCGUUCCUACACCGGCCCUGCUGGAUAAUGAACAGGUCCAAAUAUUCACCACUGUGUCCUACUGAGAAGAGACGUCUCCUGGUCUCUGUGGUUCCUGCUGGUUCUGGACGCACACAGACCGUCUGCUUUUAGCAACUUGUUGAUUUUUAACACAGGUGUUUGCAUGGUUUCACACAUUUGGGUUGCCCUGAAAACUGCCAGAAAAUACAAGUAGGCCAGUGGCAGUUUUUUAAACGACAGUUUGCCCCAAAAUCAAAACUGCAUAUGUUUCCUCUCACCUGUAGUGCUAAUUAUCAGUCUAGAUUGUUUUGGUGUGAGCUGCAGAGUGUUGGAGAUAUCAGCUGUAGAGAUGUCUGCCUUCUC